UCGCCGACGACCUGCUCCUCGCCUUCUUCCGGGCCAAGAUGGUGGAGGAGGUUGGAUGGGAUUCUCAAAAGCCUGGGUACGAUGGGCUGAUCGAAGUUGCGAAUCGCCUCAUGAUCAAGGGGAAGAGUGCUUUGGAGACUGAACAAUCAGCUGUCAGAGUACUCCGGGCACUGUUCCCCCCUCUUUUGCUAGUCCUUUUCAAAGCUCUUUUAGCACCGCUUGCUAAUGGCCAACUUGCUUCCUUGAUGGUUGGUAAGUUCAUUGCAAAUCUGAAAUUUAUGCAGUCCCAGUGGUACUUUUAAGACUCAGUUUCCUGUAGGUAUUAAUCAGAGAAUAAAAAAAAAAGAUGACCAAUCGCAGAAUUAACUUAUUGCAACUUAGCAGUAUCGAUGUUCUUGUUUUUCUUACUUGUGAUCCGUUUGACUUGCGAAGCUAGAGCAACAGCACUUUCAUGCCAAUGGCUGAUGGGCACAUGUUCAGUGAAUUCUGUGACACUGCCCGAUGGAAGAUCAUUGUCAAGUGGGGUAUCAAUCUAUUCCAUUUUCUAGUUCUGUUUCACUCACUUUGGCUUUCCGAUCAUUGAUAUUCAGUUAUGGAAACUGUCAGGUGUUCGUUGAGAAGUGCAAAUAUUUAGAAGAGAGCAAAUGCCUUGGUAUUUGUAUCAACACAUGCAAACUGCCAACUCAGACCUUCUUCAAGGAUCACAUGGGCGUGGAUUUGUAUAUGGAGCCAAAUUUUGAAGACUAUAGCUGCCAGUUCAACUUUGGAGUGCCGCCCCCUCCUCUUGACAUCGACAAGGCCCUGAAGGAACCCUGCUUGGACAUAUGCACAAAUGCCAGGCGGCGCAGAGAGCUUGGCAGUAACGGCGGCCCAGAUGGUCUAUGUCCCCAAGUUUGAUACCCUGCUUCUGAAAGCGUGCACCUGGUAAUUAAAAUUGUAUGAGUAUAUGAUUCACGUGCGUAACUGAACUGCUAUAGGAUGACGACUGUCAUAUGUACAAACACUUUCUCAAAUGAUGCAUACACACACACACACACACACACACAGAUAUAUAUGUUAAUCGUGAUGGUUGCAACCUAAUUAGAAUAACAAAGUUGGCACUGCAUAUACACACAGACAAUCAAUGAAUCUAGCGUGAUCUGCUUGCACAAGUAAAGCAAAGAAUUAGCACUGAUGUCUGUUCACUUUGCUCUGUGUCAUCUUUAUCGCUGACAGAAGCUACGUAUAUAUGUACGUAAUGUAAGCAUACAGCCUGGAGGAUCGUAUUCUCAGACAUAUUCUUGCGUGUCCAUCUCAUCAUCGUCACCGCAGAGUUCCAUUCUGCCAAACCAUUGCACACGGUCUAUAUGUAGCCGUUGCAUGCAUUACAUGGUGAUCGUGAACAGGACGUACACCGGUCCAUGGCUAGAAGAAAUCGACCCCUGGCCGGUGCCGGCGUCAGCGCCGACAUCACGGUGCACGUGGAGUGGCUGGCGCGCAGCUUGAUGCAGAAGCAGGCGGACGCGGCGGUGGAGGAGCAGCACCGGGCAACGGUGAGCAGCCACCGGCUGUCCCGAGUCCCCGCCCACCUCCGCGACAACAACGCUAACGGCUACACACCAGGGUUCGUCGCCAUCGGCCCGCUCCAUAAUCGGGAGAACCGGCGCCUCCGCCCCGCCGAGCGGCUCAAGGUGGCCUACCUCAACAGUCUUAUCUCUCGUGGCCAUCCGGACCCGGCGCAACACCUCACCGUCAUCCAGGAAUACAUCCGCAUCGUCGCUGCCCGGGAGAAGGAGGCUCGGGCGUUGUACGUCGCCGAGGAGGUCGUCGACAUCGGCGCCGAUGACUUCAUCCAAGCGUUGGUGCUCGAUGGCUGCUUCAUAAUCGAGCACCUUGUCAACAUCGCCAUUGGUCGGGAGGAGCCGUCGCUGCAUGCCACGCCGUUCGGCCCCACGCAGCUCUCCGUUGACCUCAUCCUCGCCGAAAACCAGAUACCCUUUUUUGUCCUCAUCGACCUGAUCACCGCCACCAAGCUGCCAGAGUUUGAGUCCACAGGAUACCCCCCACCGGUGCUGCUCGUGAAGCUCGUGCUGUUCUACCUCGCCGGCGAGAAGGGCCGCGACAUGAGCGAGGCGCUGCUGGUGGCCGAGGGCAUCUCCCAUAUCCUGCACCUGUUCCAUGCCAUGGUCACCACGGCGAAGACGAGCUGGGAGCCGCCGCCACGCACUAUCCAGGACGGCGCAGUGCUGGAUAUGGCCCAGGAGGCCGGGCGGUUGUUACGCCGCAUACCACUGCUCGUGCUGGUGCCGCUGCUGUAUCCGAUCCUCCCGGAGGACAAGAAGUGGAGUGCGAGCUAUGGGCGGGAGGACUUGCCAUCGGCAAGCGACCUGAAACGGAUGGGGGUGCGGUUCAGGAAGGCGCGCAGCGGUAGCGGCAAGCCGGUGGCCGGCAUCGCGUCGGUGCUGGGCCCGGUGCCACUUGCCGUGAAGCUGACGCAGCAUGGGGACCGGCUGCAUCUCCCGCAGCUCCGGCUCGAAUUCCGCACAACGCCGCUGCUGCUGAACCUCAUGGCAUUCGAGCAGUCGUCGUCAACAACAUCGGCAGCGCCGCAGGAAGUGUCGGCGUACAUGUCGUUUAUGGCCAAGAUGGUGCAGUCGGCAGAAGAUGCUGGCGUGCUUUCUGCAGCAGAGGUGGUGCAGCAGCAAGGCGGUGCGGGAAACGAGAGCAAGGAGGAGGUGGCGAGGGUGUUCCGGAAUUUGGGCGAGGCGAGUGCAGCAGCCGGCGGUGAGCUAGAGACGAGCUACCUGCAUGGGAUGCUGGAGAAGCUGCGGGAGCGGAGCCGCCACCCGCUUUACGUCAUGUGGGCCGACGUGCAGCGCAACUACUUCACCCUGCCAUGGGCCGUCGUUGCUGAGUUCGUCGCUGUCGUCACCUUCGUCUCCACCAUGCUCCAGACCUACUCCUCCUUCAAGAAUAAAUGAUCUUUCAUGAAUUCCACCCAAGUUCAAUGUUGUUUCAUGAAAUUUCAUGACAAUGAACAUAGAUAUUUCAUUGUUUUUUCAAUCAAGUUUCGGAUAUGUUUCAUGGAUUUUAUCAAAAUCCAAAGUUCUUUCAUAAUACUUCAUUCAAUCAUGUUUCAUGACAUUUGGACUAAGUUGUUUCAUUCAUGUUUCAAAAGAAAAUGAAUAGAAUUUCAUAGAUGUUUCAAUGAUAAUCAUGGUACUAAUAUUUUCUUA